CUUCCCCUCCUUUAAAGCUCGUUUGUUAUCUCUUCUCUUCAUAUUCUAUUUCUAACUACCUAAACUUCUUCUCUUCUUCUUCUGCUUCUGCUUCUGCUUCUUCUUCUUCCACUAUCAGCUAGUACUUAAUUUGCUCUUCCUUUACGAAACUCUUACCUUUUUCCUUGACCAGCUAUAAGCUUUCCACUUGUUCUAAGCAAAUAUAUAAAAGGAGACAAAGACUAGCCGUAGAAAAGAACAAAAAAGACAUUUAAGUUUAAUUUAAGGAUGUCAAGCAGAAGGUCAAGACAGUCAUCAGCAGGUUCCUCAAGAAUUUCAGAUGAUCAGAUAAUUGACCUCGUAUCCAAGUUGCAACAACUUCUUCCUGAGAUUCGAACCCGUCGCUCCAACAAGGCAUCGGCAUCAAAGGUGCUACAAGAAACUUGCAACUAUAUAAGAAAUUUGAAUAGAGAAGUGGAUGAUCUUAGUGAUCGUCUUUCUCAAUUACUCUCCACUAUUGAUGCUGACAGUCCAGAAGCUGCAGUUAUCCGAAGUUUACUAAUGUAACUACUCUAUUUUAAUUUCCAAAUAUUGGAAUUAUAUAUUCUACUGCA